GGAACGGCUGCGGCGGCGCCGCCGCAGAGCCGCCGGGAUGAGCGCGGCCGAGGGCUGGCCCCGGUCCCGGUGGGGGGGCGGCGGCGGCGGCGGCGAGGCGGUGCUCCGUGCCCGUGCCGAGGCUGCCGGGUACCGGAGGCUGCUGCGCGCCCGCGCUGCCGAGGUGGAAGCGCUGCGCGGGGCCGUGGGCGCGUUGCACCGGCAACUGGAGGGGCUGCGGGACCGGCGCAGCGGGGAGCUCGCCAAGUACCAGGAGCGGGUGGCGGAGCUGGAGCGGGAGAUCGGCGAGGCGGAGGCGGAGAUGGCCCGGUGCCUGCGGGAGUACCCGGCGCUGCUGCGGCUGCGGAUGGCGCUGGAGGCGGAGAUCGCCGCCUACCGGGAGAUGCUGGAGCGUGAAGAGCUGCGCUUGGGCUGCCUGGCCCCACCGUGACGGGACCCCCGGCACCGCUGCGGGACCCCACGCCCGGGCCACCAGACCUCGGACUUCUGCACCCUUGGGGUCCCCCGAGUCCCCACUCACCUGGGCCUUAGGACCUCCACCCCUGGAUGCCCAGGGUAUGGGACCCCUGGACCCUCUGGAAUCCUGGUGCCCUGGUCCUUCUGUCCCCCUGUGCCAUGGGACCCCUGGACUCCUGGGACCCCUGGCUACCUGGGUUCCCCAGACUCACACCCCUGGAGGCCCCAUCUCCCCAGGAGGGCAGCGCCCACGGGGCCGCACACUCUCACCAGCCUCUCCGGAGCAGCAGCGGGGCUGGGGUCCUGGCCCUGGCCCGUGCGGAAGCACCUCAAUAAAGCCCCGUGGCAUUACCUGGA